AUGACCGUAGCCAGACAGCCCGGACACUCCGCUGCCAUAAAGCAGACACAUGGCUUGACAGCCGCAACCAAGCUGAUUUCGUGGCUUGAAUGCCAGGACGCUAGAGCCUUCCACUUUGCGGGCACUGUGCCAGCGUUUCAGAGGCCGUCGCUACGGCAAAGGCGACCUCAUCAUCGCAGAGGACGAUUAUGGCGACGAGUAUUUCGUGCUUCUGUCAGGCUCUGUGAGCGUUCUGCUGGCGCGGACGGACGACCAGGACCCACGGCCGAGGGCCUCCAAGGUGCCAGACUUCACGCCCGCGACUCCCCUCGAGGCGAUGCCGGAGAAGCGUGGAACCAAAGAGAAGCCUCUUCGCGGCAAACCGUCGAAACCGCGAGGGUUGCAACGCCGGCUCAGCGUCUCCGUCGACGAGCUCGCUACAUGUCCGGGCUCACUCGACUUUCGGAGACAGUCCUCGUCGAUGAAG